AUGGUCAGUACCUUCUCAGCCGAGUUCGAAAUGAAGUCCCUCGCUGUUUGCCUCUUCUUCUGUCUUUUCAGUCUUGCUGUUGCCCAGUGGGCUUACGGUGGCAGUCCUUAUGGCAGUCCUUAUGGCAGUACUUAUGGCAGUCCGUAUGGAAGUCCCUACGGAAGUCCGUAUGGAAGUCCCUAUGGAAGUCCUUAUGGAAGUCCCUACGCUCAAAAUCCUUAUGGAAGUCCGUAUGCGCCUAAUCCCUACACACCUUACCGUGCAUCGGGUGAGCUCUGUUCAAUACUUUUGUCGUUUAACAAUAAAAUUCAGGGGGCGGACUCAUUUCAACCAUCCUCGGCCGUUAA